AUGGCCAACAGGGGUCUUGAUGAUCCGGAGAGGUCCCCCUCCGUCGUUCCUCCCACCCCGCCAGGAGCUGCCGUUGAUGCCCAAGCGAUAGCCGGUCAGGACCCGUCUGCCAGGCACAUGGUCAAUCAGGCCGCUGUUGAUCCGUCCGGGGCAAGCCCCGCAGACUCCCAAAAAAGGUGUACAGAUCCCGCGCCGAGCACUUCGGACACGGAGGAACCGGAGCCGGAUCCGGAAGCUCUUACCCGGGCGACUAGCGGCCCUGUUUACUCUGUCUUUUCGAGAGGCAUGAAAAAGUGGAUCAUAGGGGUCGUGACCUUGACAUCCUUCAUCUCACCCAUGACAGCUAAUAUCUACUUCCCGGCCCUGAAUCCAAUUGCACAUGAUCUGGGCGUCACUGUGACCUUGAUCAAUCUCACAUUGACCACGUACAUGAUAUUUCAGGGCAUCGCGCCGACUAUUUUUGGCGACUUUGGCGACAUGGCGGGCAGGCGCCCGGCUUUCAUCGUUGCCGUGCUGAUUUAUAUCGUUGCGAAUCUCGGUCUUGCCCUUCAAAACAACUUUGCUGCUCUCUUGAUCCUCCGCAUGGUCCAAAGUGGAGGCAGCAGCGGCACAUUAGCCUUGGGAUAUGCGGUCGUUGCCGAUAUAUCUACCAGCGCUGAGCGCGGUAAGUACAUGGGCGUGGUUGGUGCGGGAAUUAAUGUUGGACCAUCUUUAUCGCCUGUCAUAGGUGGGCUGCUAUCUCAGUACCUCGGUUGGCGAGCUAUCUUCUGGUUUUGCUUCAUCUUCGCAUGCUCCGUCUUCGUGCUUUACGGGCUGACGGUCCCUGAGACCUGCCGUACUAUAGUGGGCAAUGGCUCAGUGACGCCGACCGGUUUCAACAUGACAGCCGUCGCUUGGGUCUCCAAGAAACGGCGGCAGAGAAAGCAGCAGAAAGAAGGCGGCGGCGGCGGCACACAGGGUGAUGUCGUAUUUACCGAGGCCGACGGAACUGUGCGACAAAAACCAAAGCUUCGCUUCCCAAAUCCCCUCCGCGCCCUGGCAGUUGUCUUCGACAAGGGUGUUGGCCUGGUGAUUCUAUACAACUCGAUACUAUACCUCAUGUUUAUUACCACGGUCGCGACGCUCUCUACUCAGUUUAAAGAGAAAUAUGGCUAUGAUGAUCUGCAGAUAGGCUUGUGUUACCUUCCCUAUGGAGCAGGCUGUUUCGCCGCAGCUAUAGGUCAGGGCUACAUGCUAGACUGGUACUACCGCCGCACAGCGAAGAGUAUCGGGUUCAGCAUCGACAAGAAGCGCGGCGACGACCUGUCCAACUUCCCCAUCGAGAAGGCGAGGAUCGUGCCGCUCUACUUCUUCGUGGCCGUCGGCAUCGUGGCCGUGAUCGUCUACGGGUGGGUCCUGGAGCUCCGCCCCUCGGUCGCCGCACCGCUAUGCCUGCACUUCGUCAUUGGGUUGUGCAUCACGGGGUCCUUCGGCAUCCUCAACACGCUCAUCGUCGACCUGAGCCCCGAGGCGCCGGCCACAGCGGUCGCGGCGAACAACUUCGUCCGCUGCGAGAUGGGCGCCGCCGCGACGGCCGUCAUCGAGCUCAUGAUCGCCGGGAUGGGGACGGGCUGGUGUUUUACGUUCUUUGCGCUGCUGGGAGUGGUGCUGAUGCCAAUCCUGUGGGCAGAGACCAAGUAUGGGAUCAAGUGGAGGCAGGAGAAGAGGCUGAGGAGGGAAAAGAAGCUCAAUGAGAAGAGGGACAGGAAAGAGCGCAAGGAGUUGGAGAAGGCGGCUGCUGCGGUCCAGAGGGAGACGCAACAAAAGUAG